UCACCAACACACUGGCACAGACAGCGUCAUCCUUGCUUAUCCGUUCACUAUGGCCACAGAUCACCAGAUCCCUGCAUCCAAGCAGCAGCAGCCGGGCACCAGUGCAUUUAAGCUGGUUAUCUAUGAGCAGGAAAACUUCCAGGGACGCUGCCAUGAGCUGACUGCUCCCUGUAACAACCUCCAGGAAGCAGGCGUGGAGAAAGUGGGCUCCAUACUGGUGCUGUGUGGACCAUGGGUGGGAUACGAGCAAGCCGCCUGUAAGGGCGAGCAGUACGUGUUUGAGAAGGGGGAGUAUCCUCGCUGGGAUUCCUGGACCAACAGCCGGCGCAGCGACACCAUCACUGCCUUCCGCCCGAUUAAAGUGGAUAGCCAGGAGCACAAGAUUGUCCUUUACGAAAACCCUAGCUUUGCAGGAAAGAAGAUAGAAAUCAUUGACGAUGAUGUUCCCAGCUUCCACGCACACGGAUACCAGGAGAAGGUUUCCUCCGUCCGGGUCCAGAGCGGCACUUGGGUGGGGUACCAGUAUCCCGGAUACAGAGGCUUCCAGUACCUGUUUGAGAAGGGCGAGUACAAGGACAACGCCGAGUUCGGAGCCCAGAUCCCUCAGAUCCAGUCAGUCCGUCGCAUCAGAGACAUGCAGUGGCACCAGAGGGGAGCCUUCCACCCCGUCAACUAAGAUGUGACUCCUGCCGGCCCUGAAUCCUGACCGUGAUGAAUCACAGUCCCUUCCAGCCCCUUUUCCUUCAAUUAUCUCUCUCUCUGCUGCAGCUUUUGCAGUAGAGACUUUCUUUGAAACAAUCAAAUAAACCCUUCUUGCUUAAGAUUUAA